AAAUACCGAUACCUAUACUUAUUAAAAAAAGUGUAUUUUUGUGAACAAAUUACAAAGCGCCCAACGUCAACAUUGUGGAUUAUUUUUGCGUGCUGAAACUAAUCGGAUUAUCAUCAUCUUCAUCGUCACAAUCAACAUAAUUGUGAUAUUUUCGUUUUAUAAACAGAAAUUAAGCGGAAAUUAACUUGCGUCCGUUUAUACGCAUCGAUUCGAAUGAACAUUGCCAGGUAAAGCUCACAAAAGCGAAAGUAGAUUAGCCGAACUAAAUAAUGACCCAAGUUGUAAAUGCCACAUAUAUUUAGAGCUAGAAAAUAUAUGUACUUCGAACACCAAACUCACACAUAAGGCAAAUAAGAAGGAAAAAAUAUUCGAAUUCUUUACCUCACCAGCACAGAAACAGAAGUGCACACAUUAAUCAUAAUCAUUUACGGGCAAGGAAUACUAAAAUAGAAUCUUAAACACCAAGGAAUCGAAGAAAAAGCGACUAAAUAAAAACGGAAGCAAACGACGAACGAACGAAUGAACAAGCAAAGCCAGAAAGCAAUCAAGCCGAUAGACUGCAAGUGAAAGAACUCAGCAGAUGAAAAAGUGAGGGAGAAGAGAAAUAAGAAAAUAAUACGAAGAAGAGCAGAAAAGUUGAAUUUUUUCUUUAAAAGUUGUUGUAACAGGAACAUAAACAACAACAUUAAAUGUAAUUAGUGCCUCUUGUAUUAAAAGAAACGUAAGAAUACGUAAGAUAAUUUAUACUCAUAAAUAAAAAACCAAACGAAAACAAUCAAAGAAGAUUUGCUGACGCUUAAGAAAAUACAGAUUCACAUGGCAUUCCGUUUAGGAGCACGCAAUCUAACUUAAUGAUUUGCUGAGACACAACACGAAAAAACACAUUAUUCCUUAAAUACAUAGAAGCCAUAGAAGUCGACAUCAAGAGAAAUAAACGAAACGAAAAGAAGAAAACAUUAAAGAGCAUAAACUUUAAUUGUCAUUGCAUGAAAAUGGCACCGUCCAAAUGUCACCGGAGCUUAUCACUGUCAUCCUUAAUCAUAUGUUUUUGCAAAUCUAGCCUUAUUAUAUGUAUCGCACUUCUUACAAUACUACUGACCGGAGCAGGUCUCACAAAUGGUGCUGUGCUAUCGUCUUCAUCAUCUUCGUCGUCAUCGUUCAAUAACAUGGAGUAUGACACUAUGAAUUGGAAUCAUGUCGUCGAUUUAAAUGAAGACUUCCGUUUGCUCUGGACAAUCAUUAAUCAAGACAUAACAUUUGAAAUACAAGUACGAACCUUAGGAUAUGUAGGUUUCGGAUUUUCCGAGAAUGGUAAUCAAGCUGGUGCCGACAUGGCUGUCGGCUGGGUAGAUGGAGGUCAUACAUUCUUUCAGGAUCGUUAUGUUGAUCAAACUGGUUCGGCAGAACCACAAAUAGAUCCCUCUCAAGACUACAUACUUAUGAAGGGUUACGAAAAUGGCACUCACACUGUAUUGAGAUUUCGCAGAAAACUUGAUACUUGUGAUAAUAAACAUGAUAUUACUAUCAAUAAUAAUACAAUGCGUGUAAUGUACAUGUAUUACGAUGAAGAUCCACCAAGGGGAUCUGUGUUGCCAGCAGCAUUACCAAAUCCCGAAGAAGCUUGGCGGCCUUAUAGAUCUUUGUUGCUGCUACAAAAAUCCCCCUUUGACUUGCCAGAUUCUGAAAGAUCUGCAAGAGUACUGGAAUUACGCAAUCAGGAAGUGGAACUGCCAUAUGGGGAUGACUCUCAGUUUUGGUGUAAAAUGUUUAAAUUAGAUAAAUUGGAAAGAAAACAUCACAUAAUAAAAUAUGAGCCGAUUUUCGAUUCCUCUUGGAGUUAUCACUAUUUGCAACAAAUGACAUUGUACGAGUGUCAGGGAAACAGCGUAGAAAUGGAACAACUAUCUCGUGGUAGUGGACAAAUGUGCUUGGGUGUUAAAAGUUUUCAAUUAGGUUGCAAUGACAUCGUUGCCUCAUGGACAAGGGGAUCAGAGGGAUUUGUCUUUCCAUCAGAGGCUGGCUUCCCUUUAGAGUCAAAGCGCAACAAAUAUUAUGUGAUGGAAACUCAUUAUAACAAUCUAAAUGCCGAAUUCGAACCAUACCAAGCUCGUCGUAUGACCGACAGUUCAGGUUUAAAAAUUGUAUUUACUCCGGAUUUGAGGCCGCAUGAUGCAGGUGUAUUGUCAAUUGGUAUGGAUCCCAAUUGGCGUCACAUCAUACCACCAGGUCAAGAGCGUGUUAUUUCGCAGGGACAGUGUAUGGAAGAUUGUACUGGAUCGGCAUUCCCGCCCCAGGGCAUACAUAUUUUUGCGGUAAUGAUGCGCACUCAUCAAAUUGGCAAGGAAGCUAAAUUACGACAGAUUCGACAAAGUGAGGAACUCUUUCCCAUUGCUCACGACAGUAACGUAGAUUCGAGCUAUCAAGAAUUUCGCCGCCUUUCCCAUCCUGUGCACUCAUUGCCAGGCGAUAGAUUGGUUGCGGAGUGCAUUUAUGAUAGUUCGUCACGAAAGGCAAUUACACUAGGUGGACUUACCAUGAAAGAGGAAUCGUGCACAGUUCUGACGCUGUACUAUCCUCGCCAAAAGAGCCUGACAACAUGCCAUUCACUGCCGAGUUUACCCACUGUCUUGCAUUCACUGGGCAUUGAACAGUUGGCCAUGAAUUCAAAUCCAGUUGUUAUAGCUUCACCACCUGAGUUGGCCGGCAUGACACUAGAGACUCGACUGCUUUCAUAUGACUGGGAAAAUCAGUUUGACAAAUUUCAAGAAGCAACCAUGCAUGGAACCUUUAAGCCAAUCUGUAGUGGAGCUCAUAAUCAAAUCCUACCAAUAUCUGAACACUUAAUCGGCCACAAUAAGAACAUCAGCAAGAUGUACAAAGAGCCAAGACGAUGUAAGCCAAAGCGGUUAUUUGUCACCGAAACGAUCCCUCAACUCGAAUUACCGGUUCUGCGCGAUUUUGAAAAUAAUCACAUAAGCGAAGCAUCUGUACGCAGCAGCCGCAGUUCGUUCAUUGAAACGUUAGCGUUAAGUGGAUCGGAGUCAUCGUCUUGCAGGCAACAUGUUACCUGGCACAGCAUACAUUUGGCAUGUCUGCUGUCAUUGACUAUUUUAUGGUUUGCAAGAUGAAAUUAAAAUAACCACUGCAGCUAUUAACUAAAACAAAUAAACUUUAGUUUGAUUAGGAUUUUAAUUUUUGUUCUCGUCCGUUUGAUUCGUUCGUUGAAUCAAACGUAAACUUAAUAAGCAAUAUUUUGACAAUGACUGUUAAAAGCAAUCGCCGCAUCACAAACUUACUAUAAUAUACAUACAUACAUACUUACAUAUACAUACAAUGUAACUCUCAUAAACCUACUCUGUGCCGCCUCCUCCCCCUUUCGAACACUGUCGCUCUUCUCUUUUGGCAGGACUUGGAUAGACCCUAUAUCAUCGAUAAGCAAUAGAUUUGUGUGCCGAGAAGUGUUUUUUUUUUAAUUUUUUGUUUGGUUGGUUGGUUAGCUUUGUCUAUACAAAGGAUAAAAGUAGUUAAUAAUAAGAUACAUAUACAUAUACUAAAGGUGGUGAAUGAAGAAGAAAGCGAGAGAGGGCGAUUGUCAGAGAGAGAGAGAGGGGAGAUGUUGGUAGAGGGGAAACUAUAAUGAUAAUCAUAAUGAUAAUAGAAGUACUAACCAUAUUGUAGAGAUGGCUAGUACUGCAUACACUUGUGUGUUGUAGUGAUAAAUUGAAUUAUACGAAAAAAAAUAUUUAUGUUGUAGAAUCUAUAUUGAUGUUGUGCAUGUCCAUACAUAGGUGUUUUAAGCAAUAAAUGUUGUAUUUUAGAGAUUAUUAAAGAUAUAAAAAAAAGUAGUUAGAUUUAGUAAGACGAUGAGAAACAGAACAAAAACACACACAAAAUAAAACACAAGCUAAAUCAUUGGAAAUAAGUAUAAAUUAUUGGAAGGAGUUAGUUAAAAAGGAACGCAGGAGGAAAUAAUGAAUGUUUUUGUUUGUUUUAUUUGAAAGAAGCAAGUUGAGUUGGUCUACCAAAGCACUGAAGCUGUUAAAGUAUAAGAUUUUGACGCCAGUUUGAGCUGUGAUAUUUUUAAGCAACACUUUUCUUAAGUGCGAUAAGUGUACAAAACAUAAAAUUAAAAUAUAAAAUAAUUAUAAAAAACAACUGAAAUAAAUAUGUAACUUAAUUUCAUACAAUACUAUACAUUGUAGUCUUCGAUAUUAUGUAGUUUGUAAAUCUAUCUAUAUAUUGUAUAAAUUAAAUGUGAAAUAAAAAAUAAAAUCGAAAAAAAAA